AGAGUCUUUGGAUGUCUGCAAACCUGGCGGUGUGAAGUGUAACUACGUUUUUUUACAAUGUGUUUUAAGUGCGCGAGAAUGGCAUCUAGCGGCGUUUUGUGAAAAUAGCUUGAAAGCAAUGCACUAAAAUAAUUGUCGCUCUUCGUCAAUGAUAAUUGGCCGGUUUCCUAUAUUUUAUUAUUACGAUAUUUACACGUAUUCAUUGCAAGUAUAUUUAAAUAAAUGGAUCACAAAUUAUUAUAUGCGUUUCGAGGUUGGAUUGCGUUUGUAGCUUUUAUGGACCUCGGAACCUGUGUGAGAUGCUUUAUUGAGAAGCGAGCAUUUCUAGGCGAUUAUUCUAAGAAGUCUGAAUUUGCGAAUGAUGCGCUGUUGCCACGGAUGCUGGGGAUGUUCUCCCUUCUGAAGGCUCUGGCGCUGAUCCACUGCACACUCUUCAUUCACUACAAGCCGGUGGUCAGCCUGGGCAUCUGCUCCAUCGUGGUGUCGCUGCUGAUGUGUGCUCUCGAGGUGCUUGUCUACACUUCCACCACGCCCAGCUUCUACAUCGUCUUCCCGUGCGUUCUCAACGCGCUGACACUGCUGGGGCUGGCGCUCCUGCCGCGGGGACUGCUGGAGGCCCCGGCCGUGGCCGAGGACGAGAACCUGGAGCUGCUUCGGCAGGCCACCGCCUUCAGGCGACGCCGGCCCAGGAAGGUCAACUAGCGGGCGGCGAGCGCCUCUCCCUCCGUAUCCGUCCCUGUCCCCUGGUCUCAUCUCCGAGGUGUCCGACUGCUGAGCGGGUAGUUUCAUAAACACUCAACAUACGUAGCUUUGUGGCCUCAAGCACAUUCAUCACUUUCAAUAUUUCAUCAGUAAUUGACGCAAAGACACGAUAUAACAUCCUGAAUAAUGCAACUUGGAUUUCAAGAAAAUAUUCAGAUCAGUUGUACAUUUUGUGUUCAAUUUUUUAUCCUGCAGGUGUUGGCAGGUAGUGUUUGAAUAAAGAGUGAUUUCUUUUAUCCCUUAACGUAACAUAGUGAACUAGUGACCCACUCCGGCUUUGCACGGAUGUGAUCUACUAAUGAGCCCUCAUUUAGAUUUAACUAAUACUAGUUAGUCCUACUUGUAUCAAGUUCUUGUGAGUGUGCGAUGUUUUCAAAAAUUAUAUUACAUACUAACCAUGGGUCUGUGAGUAUUUUAAAAUAGUCCAUGUUCUUGAAUAAUUUGAUUUUUUAUUUGACAUUUUGAAUUUAAUAUUUUAAAAAAAAAUGGAUAUUCUUACACCAUUACACCAUGUGAGAGUCCAUUACAAAAAAAUUAUUAAGAAAAAAAUUUAACAUGUAUGAGGGUAAGAUGAUUUAUUGAGAAAUUAACAUUUGUUUUCUGCAACAUUAUUUACAUAUUGUUUUUAUAUUUAACAAAUAAUUAGUUACUAUGACUUAAAAUCAUUAAUAAUAAUCUUUUUUAUGUACAUAAUCAUAUAAAAACAGUCAAUCCUAAUACUAACCUGUACUGCCAUUAACUAAAGAAUUAAAUUGUAAAUAGGUUUUGUUUGGAAGUCACACACAAAGUAGUUGAGAAAUAUCAAUCCUGACUAUAAUAAACAGAAAAAGAAAUAAUUAGGUUCUAGAGAAUAAUAUUAUGCUAAAAAGCAUGGUUUGAUGGAUUUCAUGUUAUGAUAUGGUGUAAAGGUAAAUUUUGAUCUAAAUUGUUUAAGGUAAAUAACAUAUUUAAUUGGAUAAGUAUUAAUACUCUGUCCGUCAAAAUACAUAGCUUUGCAAGAAAAUGAUUAAUUUUGAACCAAUUUUGAAUGAUAAAAAUGGUUACUGUGGGUCAUCCUUAGAUGAUAGGCAUAUGCUAUCAUGGACUUUUUGUCAGCCUGUAGUACAUUUAUAUAAUGUAUCAGUGAUGUAUAGGUCAGUGUAAGCCAUGUAAGUGCCCGAAAAAGUGUCAUUUUAUGACUUAUUACAAAAUAUCGAGAUUUCUCUACUAUCUUUCAAUUUAACAUGAAGGUUUUAUACACAAAAAUUCUAUAAAUGAUGGUGAAUACUGCAUCAAAAUUCAUUAGUGUAGUUAAGAAUUAAGUGAUCAUACAGAUAUAAAUGAAUAGUGACUUUGUUUUAGACUAUUUAGAGAAUUCAGUUGAAAUAAAAUUUAAGGCUUUAAGUAUUUGUAAAUAGGUAGUUUUUCUGCUUCAGGUUUGUAUUACACAAACUUGCUCAUAAUCGUGUGGGUGCUGUUAUGAUUCCUGGUGUCACAUGUGACUGUUUAUUAUAUUAGUUCGUGAUUCACUCGCAUAUAUAUUGUGCAAAUUGUUACUGGCUUCAAGUGCUUCAGGGCGUCAAACAAAUGGUGGUACGCUGAUAAUGGUCUUUCAGCUGUAUAGGGGUUCGCACUUCGCAGCAACCUAUCAUUAAAUUAAAAGGGGAUUUGGCUGAAUUCUACUAGUAAUUGCUGAUUCAUUCAAGCACCCAAAUUGUAACUCCCACAAUAAUUACACCAGAAAAUGACAUUUUUGUUCUUAAACAUGUGUUUUGUUGUCUUUUCUAUGUCUAAAAGUAAUAGAUUGUAGUUAAUUUAUCAUAGAUUUACUUUUUUUUUCUUUUCUGUAUAUUAAUAUUACCAGUAUAUACCAUAGUAUUAUUACAUCUGCCAUGUUGUAUUAGCAAUUUAUCUAGUCAUAUGUAAGUACUGAAGAUAUUCAUAAGACUGUAAUAGAAUUUUCAUAGUUAAAAAUAAUUUUUAACACAAAGUUACACAGUUACAGAACCUAUAAUGAAAUCAAAAGAAUUUGAUCGGUUGUUCCUGUGAAAUCAUGGGACUUUGCGGGGAAUUUAAAUAAUGCACAGUUAAUACUGAAGUGUCCUUGUAUUUUGCUGUGUUGUCUCUUGUAUUCUGCUGUGUUGUCUUUGCAGCACAUCCUGUGCACAGUGCAGUGCAAUUGUGUGUGCAAUCAGCUUGAUUUUGGAAUGGCUGAACUCAUCAUUCUUUGGAAUUAAGAACAAGCCGUACAUUUAUUAAGUUUUGAUAUCUGUGUUACAUUUGUAGUAGGUAAAAGAUUGAUAGCAGUUUAAAACACAGGGGUUUUUAUUGAAAAUAAUAUCACAGCAUUCAAGACAGCUACAAAAAAUGUCAUAAUGAAGUUACAGUUAGUGGUCCUUUCACUUGUUCAGUUUCAUUUGUACAUCGAAAAAAGAACUUGUUAUAAAUACCUACAUACUUACUGGUAUAGUGAGAAAGUACCUUAGCGCUUUUUGGGAUGUGAGGGUUGGUGUGUGAUGAUGCCAUGAAUUCCUUGGUGGUCUAAGCAACCAUGAAGUUUCAAAUGUUUGAUUUAUGUUCAGCUUAAUAAUAUGUACAUCUUGUGUGUGUGUAGUGUGCACAAAUGGUACAAAAUUUCAAACUGAAAAUGUUUUGCCGCUCAUAGUCAAAAAUGUGCGUCAUGGAAUAUAUAAAUGGAAAAGGAGCGGCAGACCUGACUGUGCUACUCUAGUCAAUUAAAACUUCAUAAUGGUGAUAGUUCCAAAUACAUUUUUUUAAUUUACUUAUUUAAUUAUUUUUAUGAUUCAGUUGUGUGUGUCGUGUGAUAUCCGUUCUUUCUCGAGUGUUGCGGGGGGCACAACAAGGGUGCUCCGAAAACACUUUGCACUUUGGUUUGUUGUGAGUUUCUUUAAACACUUAAAAAGAAUUUAAAUCACUAUUUUUCCGUGUUUGAAAAUUUUCUAAUUUUCAUUAAUGUUUUUUGUAAGUAUUAAACUUCCAAACAUAAUUUUUUGUGUUGGAUGCUUAGUUUAUAGUCAGUAUCAACAAUUAUUUAUUUUAAUGAAAUUGUUAUUAACCUUAAAAGUUUUUAUAUUUUGUUGUGUUAUAACUAUUGAUUAUCAUUAAAAUGAGUAAAUUUUCG